AAAAAAUUAUUUAUCCUUUCUCUGUCUCGCCUCUCUUCUUCCUCGGCUCCGUCUUGUCUCGUUCCAGUAUCAAAUUCCCGGCCAUUGAUUCGCCUUCUCCAAGCUCUUCCAACCCUAGUCCGUCCUAGUACUGGUCAUCCGGCUCUGAGCUGCUGAUUGAGGAUGAAGGCGCUCGUCUACGGGCAGCCCGCCCUGCUAUUCCAAAGACCACGCGCUUCUGCUGCUACCUUCGCAUCUUCUUCUUCUUCUUCCCAAUGGCCAUCCCUAUCCCUAGAAACAACCCUAUCAAGAAACCUUGCGAAGGGGAGUCUGCUUUGCAGGCGACGCAUCACAGUUCAUCCUCCUCACUCGAUACCGAGAUACGCCAGUAAUCAACCUCAGGAUGAUGAAGGCACCCGUUCCUCCUCUCUUGCAAAGGACGCUCUCCUCGAGCUUCAUCCUGCGGGUGUUGGAAGUGAGCUAAUUCUGCUAGCUCUACCAGCAGUUUUAGGCCAAGCCAUUGACCCAUUGGCCCAACUCAUGGAGACUGCAUAUAUUGGCAGAUUAGGUGCUCUGGAGCUAGCAUCGGCUGGUAUUGGUGUGGCGAUUUUUAAUAUUCUGUCCAAGAUUUUCAACAUUCCGUUGUUGAGCAUCGCAACCUCAUUUGUGGCAGAGGAUAUUUCCAAGAAUGCUAGCAAGCAUUCUAAUUCAGGCAAAUUGGAGCUACCAUCUGUCUCAUCGGCUUUGAUCUUAGCUGCUGGUAUUGGUAUAAUCGAAGCAUUGGCAUUGUUCCUAGGAUCAGGAUUGUUUCUUAAACUAAUGGGCGUGUCACCUGCCUCUCCAAUGCAUAAAUCUGCACAACUCUUUCUUUCGCUGAGAGCCUUGGGAGCACCUGCAAAUGUGAUUAUGCUAGCAGUGCAGGGUAUCUUUCGUGGAUUCAAGGAUACCAAGACUCCCGUAAUAUAUAUAGGUUUGGGGAAUCUUUCAGCCGUAGUCCUUCUUCCAUUACUUAUAUAUGGUUUCCAGCUUGGCAUAACUGGAGCUGCAAUUUCUACAGUUGCAUCCCAGUACAUUAUUGCAAUUUUACUUGUUUGGUCUCUGAGUAAAAGAGCUGUUCUGCUUCCUCCAAGGAUGGACCAGUUAGACUUCAGUGGAUAUUUAAAAUCCGGUGGCAUGCUAUUGGGAAGAACCCUCUCAAUUCUGUUAACUAUGACCAUUGGUACUUCAAUGGCUGCUCGACAAGGCCCAACAGCUAUGGCAGCUCAUCAGAUUUGUCUACAAGUAUGGCUUGCUGUAUCUUUGCUUGCAGACGCUUUAGCAGUUUCUGCCCAGGCGUUGAUAGCGAGCUCUUAUGCAAUACUGGACUACAAAAGGGUCCAAAAGAUAGCAAUGUUUGCUUUGCAGAUAGGAGUAGUUAGCGGAUUAGCUUUAGCAGCUGGCCUGUACGCUUCGUUUGGCAAUAUAGCAAGACUAUUUACCAGCGACCCUGAGGUCCUAAUGGUUGUAAAAUCCUGUGCAUUGUUUGUCUGUGCCAGUCAACCAAUUAAUGCCCUGGCAUUCAUCUUUGAUGGUCUCCAUUAUGGUGUCUCAGAUUUUGACUACAUCGCUCAAGCCACAAUUGUGGUUGGCAUAAUGUCUUCGCUAGUCUUGUUAUAUGCUCCAUCUGUCUUUGGCCUGGCUGGAGUUUGGGCUGGUUUGACAACACUUAUGGGAUUGCGCAUGGCUGCAGGCUUCCUGAGGUUGCUAUGGAAAACAGGACCCUGGUCAUUUUUGCAUGAGGAAAGAAAAAAUGAGUUCCAGGUACAGCCAUUUGCAUAGUUCCUGUCUAGCAAGCCAGACAGUGCAGAGCUAGCUAGCGUAGGUGGUAGAGCUGCUGCAGUGGAGGAAUGAAGAAGCUCAAGACCAAGAGCUAAACAAUUAAUGUUGGGUCUGCUGUUUUGUGCAUGUAAAGAAAAGGAUUAAUUCACUUGCUGUCUUCAGUCUUGUAACAAUUUAUUCAUUUUUGUGAUGGUUACCUUCAGUUCCAGUGCUUGUUCGUCUUGGUCA